AUGUCCACGGCACUGGCCUCACCAGACCUUUGGGCUAUAGGUCCCAUCUCGUCACCACGCCUGCAUUGGGGAGCCCGUCGUGGCCGCUCUGAGCAUCGCUGCCCGACGUGCAAGAUUGCUCUGCUUACCGGUGAAGACGCCGGUUUUUGUUGUGGACCGGGAGGAAAAUAUUUCAGCGACGUCUCACCACUGCCACCACUGCCACUUGAGUUCACACCUCUCCUCACCCAUCCUGGCAUCUCAGCGGCUUCACGGUCUCUGAAUCUCAUCUUCUCAUUCGCAUCCCUCGAGACCACUGCACAAUUUCCGUCCACAAAUGGCCCACCAGGCUUCAUGGCCAUCCAGGGGAAAAUCUACCAUCGC